CCGUCUGGAAAAAGUUGGCAGUGCAAUGGUUACGCAGCGUGCGUCUCAAGGGCAGAGGAAACGAGGAAAGCGAUCACAACAACAAAUGAAGACUGCUACCUUUGCAGAGCGCUCUCUGCGUGCGUGCGUGCGUCUGCGGAUCCCCCGCCGCUCCUCCGCCGGCUCUGCCGUGGCCGCGCCGCCGCUGAAGUGGAGGCUGAUACCGUAGGUUUAUUUAUACCCGGAUAAAAGACGGGGAGAUGCGCCCGGAGGGGACACGUCACAUUUUCAGUGGGAGCGACUGUGUGGAGGAGCUGUGACCGAGCGGGGAGAGGAAUAUACGGCACUGGUCCCUCCGCACGUCGGGACAAAGCGCCGGAUCUGUGCGGGAUGAACGUCCUAUAGCUGGAUGAUGAUGAUGAUGAUGAUGAUGAUGAUGAUGAUGCGAUUCGUUUCAUCAGCCACACAGAGGAUUUUGUGAUCGCACCAUGUUACAGCGGGAGUCUGGAUGAUCCUUCAGUCACGCCACCCCGGACCCCCCACACCGGUUUUCUAGGAUCAAGACCAAUACACUGGCGAUUCCCACGUACAUAUAGUCAUUAAAAUAACGUAAUCACUUGAUAUCUGGAUUUGGGGGCUUUACGCUUUAAAUUACAUAGUGAUUUUAAAAAGCCUUAUUUGUCUGCUCCUAUAGGCUUUGUUAACAUCACUCCGGUGUCUCACUCAUUUAAAUAUCCAACAAACAAAUUGUCGAGUUGGAGUUGUUGACUGACUCCAAGUGUAAUUCAUCUUUACUGCGAAAUGCAGCAAACUAAAGUUAUUGCGAGGAGACUGACGAUGCCACCAUGGGAGUCCUUUCAGGGAAGGGAGACUGGGGAGUGAAAGCGGGAUUUCUGCGUCUUUAAGCAAGGAGACGGCAGGACAAGCCACCUUCUCUCGCUUUUUUUUUUUUUUUUUUGGAUUGGUCCAAAAAAUAUUCUUACGUGCCUCUCGGACUCCUGCACAAUGGGGAUUAUGCUUAAAGUUAUUCUAGGAAUGUUUCAAUUCCUGCUGCUCACCAGAAUACCGACGUCUCAUGCCAAGCUUGCUCACUGGCGGCCUACGGACUCAUCCAAAUCCAGGGAGGGUCGAGAAGUGCGACGGUGGCUGGAGGUGUACUCGCGGAGCAGCUGUGAGCCUCGGGACACGUUGGUGGAGGUUUGGAGGGAGCUGCCAGGUGAAACCCACCACCUCUUCAUCCCCUCCUGUGUGUCGGUGAGGCGGUGCGGCGGCUGCUGCCCCGACGAGGCCCUGGAGUGUGUGCCGUCGCUCACGCACACGCUCACCAUGGAGCUGAUGAGGACGUCCUUCAUGAGGCACGAGCUCGUGGAGCUGUCCUUUGUGGAGCACAGUCAGUGUGAGUGCAGAUUAAAAGAAGAGUUCCAGCCAUCACCCACCACAAGGCCCAAUGUGAAACCCUUAAGGAAAAAGAAGAAAAAGGAGCGAGGGAAGUCCAGACAGAAGACGAGUGGAGCCACUGCAGCAGCGACCGAAGCUCCUCCAACUCCUCCUCUCCCAUCCUCUCCUCCUUCAUCACCCCCUCCUUCAUCGCCUCCUCCUCCUUCAUCGCCUCCUCCUCCUUCAACGCCUCCUCCUCCCACACUUGCUUCCACCAGCCUUCCUCCCCUUCCCUCUCCAUCUUCACCUUCGGCUCCUUCCCCACCUCCACCUUCCCCUCAGAGGCCCCGUUGCCGCCCGUGCAGGAGGAGGAAGUGGGCGCUGGAUGCGACAUCUUGCCGCUGCCACUGCACCGUCACGGCUGAGAGCUGCAGCCAGAAAGGCCGGAGGUUCAACCCUCACCGCUGCAGGUGUGAUGCCGUGAGGACUUGAUGUGUCCACCCACUCUCUUUUCACCAUCAUCCUUCCCAUCUACGCCUACUGAUUUGUCGCCCAGUCUCAGCAUCACUGCCAUGGACCAAAUAGACGCUUGGACAUCCAGUACCUUUAACUUGAGGAAAUAUCCCCAAAAGCACUGACAAGAACCUGUUUUAGCUCUCUAGUGAAGCAACACAUGCAACAUUACAGUGUUGAUAUGCUGUAGGCCAUUGUGCGUGUGUUUGCAGACAUCAGACCAUUGUGUUGCUUGUUGUACAGACUUGUAUAGUCACAAAAACACAUCCCAUGAGGGAGGAGACGAAGGAGCCACAAGACUAAAAUGAGAGACAUCGGAAUAACCAAAUACAAUCACACAGUUGAUCAGCUGGAGGUCGGACUUGGUUGAGGUUGAAGUUCUGUUAGACUCAAUGUGAGGAGAACUUAAGAACUUAAAGGAAGUGGAUAGAUUUAAAGGUGUCACAUGUGUUAAUGCUGACGAGUCUUUGACGAGGAAAGUGAACAUGAGGAUCAGUUGCCAAGGAUGAGGACAAACGUACUGGUGGACACAUGCUCCGACGGAACAGACGGACCUGCAUAGGAGGCAGCACCCCAGCGUGCAUGGACCUAUAAUUGAGCUGAAUGCUGGAUGUGUGUGUUUGUGUGGUCUCCCCCAUGAAAGACCCAGAUGGGUUAUCCCUGCAGACGUUUUCUCUCAUUCAAAGAGUAUGACCACGAGCUGGCUCUCCGAGCCGCUCUCUGGCAUUUGUUUAAUUUGGGCCUUUUGUCUCCAUCUUUUCUCGACUGGAUUGAAAGCAGCUGCUUUUGUCCCUCUCUGCCUCUCAUUUAGGCAGUGAGGAGAAUGACAAUAAUGAGGUCUGGCGGCUGUCCACUCCCUUACACACAAACAUUCACACUUAUAAUAUAAGGAACGCAGGCAACACUGGCACACACACACACACACACACACACACACACACACACACACACACACACACACACACACACACACACACACACACACACACACACACACACUCACACACGCAAUGUGAAAUGAAUGCAGGUAGCCAUAAGCUUUUGUUCAUGACAUAUCUGCAGUUUGCUGCAAAGGCUUCAUUGAUUGAUUAUUAUUCUAUUAUAUUUCUUGUGUUUUGUAUUUUAUUAUAAUUCUGUCAAGCCGAUUGAAAGAUAUUCCACUUUGCAGAAUGUGUCUUCAUUUUGUUUUUGUUCAUUUUUAAUCCGUCUGUAUAAAGACUCACACUGGGUGGCCGUCUAUGUGCACAUUCGGCAUCUGAACUGAUACCCAAAUGUAUUCCAUUUUAACGGCUCACACAGGCCACAGAUGGGAAACUAUAUGCAUUAUAAUGUGUACAAACCGAGCAAACGGCCGUUCCCAGUGCGCUGAAAGGAAAACUGCUUUUGUUGUUGCAUGUUGGAGCAGAGAUGGAAAGCGUGUUAUUCAUUUGGGACGUAACCUGUUUAAAUCCGGCCUAAAUCUCACUGUUUAGCUCUGUGUCGGUUCACAACUGCUUGGCAACUGGGAUUUGAACUGUGGCUGUUUCAGAAAGGAUGAGGUCCCGGGCAGCUUGUCAGCCAGUGUGACGAGCUCAAGCCAGAGCUCUGCUGACGUGAAGAGGAUUCAUAAUGGCGGGUCAGCGAGUUGAAACCCAUUUUUCGAUACCCAUUCAGAGCCUGUGUCCUGUGUCAAAUGCUACCAGUGACGUCUUAUUUCCAUGAGAAACCAGCAUUCGUGCCCAGGUUUUGUGUGAUCCUGCCAAUUUAUGAAUAGUCUCCCAGAAACAUUGUUUAGUCCAGAGUUGUUUCAGUAUCUGGUGUGAUAAGCUCAGUAUUUAUACUCAACUGAUAUAGAUUAUUUUUUCCGCUCGCAAGCUCAUUGUUUGUAAUUGCUGUCAAUUAAUGUGUCAGAUCACUACCUCUAUAUUAUAACAUAUUAAUUACCAAGUAUUAGAGGAUCGUUGUUACUUUCUCUGUGAUAUUCUGGACCUGUUUAAUGAGGUAAAGUUUAUUUACAUUUAGCAAUAAGCACAUUCUCAUAUGUAGAGACUCAGAGUUGAUCGCCACCGGUUAGAGGAGCCUAUAGGAGUUUUCUUCAUGUGUCUUAAUGAACUGAAGGGAAGCAUUUUUCACAAGAUGAGAGCUGAGCUGGUUCUCUGCAGACCGGACACUGUGCGGUGACGUGAACAGGAGCCUUUGUAACCUGAAACAUACAGUGUUCCUUCUUGGCCUUUAUGGGAUGGUUUAAUGUUUUAAAGUACACCGAAUCACUUUCAUGGUGAGAGUUAGAUGAGGAGAUAGAUGCCAGUCUCUCACCCAUACGCUGAAUACGGAACUGGAUCCCGGUUAAUAAUCCAUUUCCGGGUCUGGAUUCAGAAUCAGACUCCAAAUAACAGUGAAAAGGUCAGAUCACAGACUAAUGGUUAAUUAGCUUGACUCAGCAUACAGACUUGAAAAGGAGGGAACAGGCUAACAUGGCUAAAUCUAUGUAGCACCACAUACUGUAUUAUAUUUGUCAUGUUUAAUUUGUUGAGGAACAACCAUGUGUGGUUGUAGACUGUGCUUUAUGCCAAACUAUUUGUUUUCCCUAAAGAUUUGUAACAAGAUGAGGAGGUCACUGACAUGAAAAAAAGUGUAAAGUACAUUUUAUCAAUUAUGUUAUUCUCUCACUUUUCUCCUCAUUGACAUCAUAUACAAUAUACUACAUGGAUACAAAAUCUAUUUUCACAUAAAAUGUUCUAAAACAAUGUGAGAAAGUGUAUUUACCCAAAGUUAAACCUAUCAUUUUUAAUUUCUGCUAAUGUGUUUAUUAUUUGCAUUUUUUCUUUCUAUCAACUUUCUAAACAAUUAGCAGCUUCUGAACAUGCAAAUAAAUGCUUAAAUAAACACACGCGUUCCCGAACCUCA